GAUAAAAAGUUCUUCCGGUUGGUUACUUCCGGCUGAAUAAAUUUAUUUUUUUAUUGAUCAAAAAAAUAGAAUAUGUCUGAAGAAGACGGACAGUCAGAACCUAGACGAUCUAAAAUGAACACACGUGAAGGAAAACCAAAAUUUAAAGACCCACUCAUGAACACAGCUGAUGACAGUGACGAAGGAGAGUUGGAAAGUCUUGACCUAGAUGCAUCAGGAAAGUCUGAACUUAGUGUGUCUAGAAGUUCCAGUUUAAUUGCCAAUCUUAGUGGUUAUGAUGAUGAUGAAAACAGUGGUAAUGAUAUGGUUAUUAUUGUGGAUGACCCAGAAAAGCACAGUGGAACAAUGGAAUCCUAUGUUACAUUCCGUGUGACUCUCAAGACCACUCGAUGUGAGUUUGACACAAGUGAGUAUCAAGUGAGAAGGAGAUACAAUGACUUUCUUUGGCUGCGACAACGCUUAGAAGAAACAUAUCGUACUCAUCUUGUACCUCCACUUCCAGAAAAGCAUACAUUGCGAAGACUUGACCGCUUUAGUGCAGAAUUUUUACGAGUCCGAGGAACAGCUUUACAAAAAUUCCUCACAAGACUAGCUGACCAUCCUGUUUUAUCUUUUGAUAAAAAUUUUCAAAUUUUCUUGACAGCAAAAGCUUGGGAAUUUCAAUCACAUAAAAAACAAUCAACUGGCCUACUUGGUCGAGUAACAGAUUCCAUACACAAUAUGGGGGCAUCCUACAUGAUGAAAAAUAGAAUUCCAGAGUUUACUAUAAUGCAUGAGUAUAUACAGGCAUUUGGAGAAAAACUGUCCAGUAUUGAUAGAAUCACACAAAGAAUUGUUAAAGAACAAUCAGAUUUCCAUGCAGAUAUGUUAGAAUGGGGUCCAGUAUAUACACUAUGGGCUAAUUCUGAAGAUCAGUUAGUUAAUGCUCUACUUACCAUGUCAAAAACAGUGGAUUAUUGUAGUGAUGCUCUAAAAGAUUUAAUUGAUGCUACAGAUGAUAACUUCAGUCAACCAUUGAAAGAAUAUAUUCUUUAUGCUGAAGCUAUAAAGGCUGUUUUAAGAAGAAGAGAUGCCAUUCAGUCCCAGUAUGAAGAAACUUUGGACGAAUUAAAUAAAAGAAAAGACGAAAGAGAACAGCUGAAGAUAUCUGAUCAAACUUAUUCUCUUGGGGCUUUUCUUGGCAAGGAUCCUGAUGAGGUGAAACAACAGAAACAGGACAAGUUAGACCAGCAAAUUACUGAUCUGACAGCAGAAAUGGAGAAAUUGAAUGACAGGUCUGUAGUGGCUGACAGUGAUUUGAGGGCUGAUAUGGAAAGAUGGCAUAAGAAUAAGCAUAAAGAUACGAAGGAAAUAUUUACUGAAAUGUGUGAUCGAAAUGUGCAAUAUUAUGAAAAGUGUUUAAAAUCCUGGGAGGAUGCUAUAAGAGCUAUACAAUGCCGGGAACCACCAACCACCACCUGUGAUACAAAAGAUGAUGAGGAUAAAGAUGAAGUCUCGUUAAAACAUACAGAAAGUACCGAGACAGAUAAAACAGCGUCAGACCUCAGUUAAUCUAGUCUUCAUUUUUAUAGCAUUGAGGUUGAAAGGGGGAGGGUAGGGGAUUAGGGGAGAAGUAUUUGUUUGUGAAGGUACUAAUAAUGUAAUAUCAGUAAGAUGAUGUAUUGUUUUCAAUAUAUAGGGUUGUCAAGCUGAAUGUGUUGUUUCCAUAUAGUAAUUUUUACUGUGAUUGUAAUUAUUUAUUAUUAUAAGAGACUGAAAUAUUUCAAAAAAAAUAAUUGUUGUACAAGGGAAGUAGCCUAAUUAAAGAUAAGUCUACAUUAUACAUGCACCUUAUCAUCCAUUUAUAUCAUAGCACUAAAUAUUAUCUCCCUUGUUACACUCCACAAUGAUGAUAAUCUCCCUUUUCACGUUAUAUUUCCUAUGAUUACUUCCCUUGGUUUUUUAACCCACGUUUUUAGGAAUACUCAAGAGGAAUGCAAUACAUGUUGAGUUUGUUUUUAACCUAUGAUGCUUUAUACUGCCAAAAUAUAUAAAUGUAAACAAUCUAAUUUAGUAAAUGGCUUUCAGCUAUAUUUGUCAUCAACUUCAAUAGGGACCAAUUGUUAUCAUACUUUUUUGUCAUUCAUCUGUUACAUUGAAUCACUAAAAUAUUUUGUCAAUCUUCCAUUUAUAUUGUAGAAAUCUUAUAAUUUAUAUGAUAUUCAUAGAGAAUUCACCUUGAGGAGGAUCAGAUUUUGUGUCCGAAUGUUAUAUAUGACUUAUUACCAUUUAAAUUUCAUACUGACAUUUACUGGACAUUUAAGAAAUUUCCUUUUAUAUCGGUUAGAAUUUACAGGUGUAUUAUUUAUAUCAUUAUUUGGUAGAAGAUUGUGGUAUAUGAGAACAUUUUGGUACAUCUUUCAGGAAAAGGGAAGUAGUAGGCUAGAAACGUAUGUUUAUAUGAUCAGUUAUUUGAAGACUUUUCAAAAUGUAUUAUUUAAUAUGUUGGAUUCUAAUCUGUCAAAAAACAACAACAAAAAAACAAAAAACAAAUUAAAGGGACUGAAAAACAAGUAAGGAAAGAUUUUCAUAAACUCAUAUAAUGUUAAAAUAAUUAUUUUCUUCGAUUUUUCAACAUUUUUGUACUCCUUGACAUGUCAGAAAUCCAACCUGUCUUUAGUCAGUGUUUAAGUAAAUACAACAGAUUGAUUGAAUAGGUUCGAAACCAGUAAUCCAGACACUGGCACUGCCCUUAUUUCAUUUAUCAGUAAUCUGUUUUUUUGUGUCUAAAUACAACAGACUUUUAGGAAAGAUUUAGACCCUGUCUUAUAAUUGGUCAGUCCAAUGGUCAAAUAUGUAUGAUCAUUAAUCAUAAUAUGUGCAAUAUAUGGUUUAGAAUCCCAUUUGUAUAUAUACUAUCAUAUAGUAUUGAAACUCAUUUUAAAGUGAAUUUUAUAAAACAGUCUCAUUGAUUCUAAUAUUUUGAUAUAUAAUUUUUAAACCCCCGCACAACACAGUUGUAAGGGGGGUAUACUGAAAUCAGCUUGUCCGUCCGGCUGUCCGGCGGUUUUUUCUUGUCCGCCCAAUUACUUAAGAUUUCUUUGACCCACAGUCUUCAUAUUUGGCAUGAAGGUUAGCCAUGAUUAGUAGAUGACCCCUAUUGUUUUUGAGGUCAAAGGUCAAGGUCACAGGGCUAUUGACUUCAAAAAGCUUGUCCGCCCAAUAACUUAAGAUUCCUUUGACCCACAGUCUUCAUAUUUGGCAUGGAGGUUAGUCAUGAUUAGUAGAUGACCCCUAUUGUUUUUGAGGUCACCAGGUCAUAGGUCAAGGUCACAGGGGCCUUGUCUAUAAAAAGCUUGUCCGCCCAAUAAUUUAAGAUUCCUAUGACUCACAGUCUUCAUAUUUGGCUUGGAGAUUAGUCAUGAUUAGUAGAUGACCCCUAUUGAUUUUGAGGUCACCAGGUCAAAGCUACAGGGGCCUGUACUUCAAAAAGGUUGUCCUUCAAUAACUUAAGAUUCCUUUGACCCACAGUCUUCAUAUUUGGCAUGGAGGUUAGUCAUGAUUAGUAGAUGACCCCUAUUGAUUUUGAGGUCAAAGGUCAAGGUCACAGGGUCCUGGAAUUCAAAAAGCUUUUCCGCCUAAUAAUUUUAGAUUCCUUUGACCCACAGUCUUCAUAUUUGGCAUGGAGGUUAGUUAUGAUUACAAAAUGACCCCUAUUGAUUUUGAGGUCAUAGGUCAAGGUCACAUGGGCCUUGACUAUAAUAAAAUUUGUCCGCCCAAUAACUUUAGAUUCCUUUGACCCACAGUCUUCAUAUUUGGCAUGGAGGUUAGUCAUGAUUAGUAGAUGAUCCCUAUUGAUUUUUGAGGCAAUGGGUCAAAGGUCAAGGUCACAGGGACUUUGACUUCAAAAAGUUUGUCCGCACAAUAACUUAAAAGACCUUUGACCCACAUUCUUCAUAUGUAAGUCAUGAUUAGUAGGUGAUCCCUAUUGAUUUUUAGGACACUGGGCAAAGGUCAAGGUCACAGGGGCCUUGACUAAAAAAGCUUGUCAGCCCAAUAACUUAAGAUUCCUUUGACCCACAGUCAUCAUAUUUGGCAUGGAGGUAAGUCAUGAUUAAUAGGUAAGCCCUAUCGAUUUUUAGGACACUGGGUCAAAGGUCAAGGUCACAGGGGCGGUCAAGGUCACAGGGGCCUUGACUAAAAAGUUUGUCCGCCCAAUAACUUAAGAUUCCUUUGACCCACAGUCUUCAUAUUUGGCAUAGAGGUUGAUCAUGACCAUAAGGUAACCCCUAUUGAUUUUGGGGUCACUUGGUCAAAGGUCAAGGUCACAGGGACCUUGACAAAACAAGCUUUUCCCCUCAAUUGCUUAAGAAGCCUGUCCACAGUGUAUUGAUUUUGACAUUUUCACAUUUGAAGCAUGGAGAAUACAUAAUUUAGCAAUGCACUGGCUUAGUAACCUCAAAUUUGGCAGGGAGGUUGUCCUUGAGCUCUAAAUGGCCACAGUUGAUUCUGACAAAGUGGUAUGCGGAGGUAUUCACGCCACAAUAGUGGCAGUUCUAGUUAGGGCUGAAUAGGCCAGCCAAGUGACUAUCUGAUCCAAUCCAUGAUUCAGACCUUACAUUCAUGAAUUGUACCACAAAUCAUCUUAUUGUUCUAAUACUUAAAGAAAUAACAAUGUUUUUUAAAAAAUAUUUUAAAUGAAAAAUAGAAAUUACAUGUUAAGAAUAAGUUUUACAAAGUUUCUGUAGCAACAGUUUAGAAUUUCAGCUGAAAAUAAAAGUUUAAAGUUUGAGAUUAGGGUAAAUGCAUGCGGAAUGCAAACAACACAUAGUUUAACAAUGAUAUAAUAGUUUUUUCUGAAGGUUUUAUGCAAUUAUUAAAGAGUUAUCAGAAUUUUUUUAUUAAUAUAGGUGUGAAUUGCGAUCAAGCGAUCUUUGGAUUAAUGAAUACCCAAUGCAUAUUGUUGAGGUCUGAAUCGUUAAUUUCCUAAGCAUCAGAAUUAUAGUUAGAGCCCUGUAAAUUUUUAAUGUUUUAGAUAACAAGUAUAUAUAUGUUGUAAAAUUUAAAGAUUAUGUAUUGAAAAGAAAAUCUUGUAAAAUGGCAUUCAUUAAACAGUUAAUAACAUGACUACGGUAUCUUGAAAUAUUCAUUAUUUUGGGGUUAUUAAAGUAUAAAAUUGACAGAUACGAAUAAUGACAAGUAUUUGUGUCUAACCAUAUGUUUUUGAGGAAAACUUAGUGCAAUAGUAUAACAGUUAAAUGUUAAACAUUUACUGUAGGAAUUGUUGUUCAUUACAUAUUGUGUAGUUUAUGGAUAUAUAACAUUAUAAAUCAUGUAUUUUACGUGAAUAUAAUUCAUAUCUAUGUUUAUUUUUAGUAGGUUGUAAACAUGUUGAAAUGUGAUAUUAUUGUAAUCAUCAGUCAAUUCAACCUUUGUAUAUUAGUGACAAUAACAACAUGACUAUGUUACUGGUAAUAAAGCACUGUAGUCUUUAUGUGUGUACGUCAAGUGACAAGGAAAAAUCUUGACCAAAUCCCUGUUUUCAAAAAUACAAUAUUAUACAAGGUAUUGAUUGAUUGAUUGAUUGAUUGAUUGAUUGAUAAAAUUGGUUAAGACAUGAUGAGACGCAAGAAAAACCAUUUUUAGAUCUCUCAUUUUCUGUUGUUGUUUUUGUUUUUUUAUUAUUUUUAUUUAUUUAUUACAAUAUUAUAUAUAUCUUUGUGAAAGAAGUAGAAAUUGCAAGAAAUCAUCCUAACUUGCAAUGACUGUCUGCAUCUUCUAGUAUAUAUCAUAUGCAUAUACUCAUUUUGAAUUAUUCUUUGAGUAAAUUUAGCCACAAUUAGGGUCUGUUUGUUUCAUAUUGAAAUGAUAGUUGCAAGAAAUGAUUGCUUAUUAUUGAGGUAGACUAUUUUCUGCAGAGUCUGUCAUAAAAUUGAUGUUUUGUCAUGUAUUUACAUUCCUGAAAACUAUAAUUUAAUUUUUCUUACACCAGCAGAAACCUAUCAUUGAAGUUUAUAAGUUAUGCACAAAGAUUUGCCAUAAGUUUAUAUACAUAUAAUUGUUGUUGAUUUCUUCUGACCAACUUUUUUGCAGAUUUUUAUGCCAUAUGAAUGUUUGUUCAUUUUUCUGUUACUGAACAUGAACUUGUGGAUAAGAUUCAAUACUGACACAAUGUUUGGGAAUGCUAAUAAGAUAAAGAAAAUUCACGCUAGAUUGCUGAUAAAAUGCUACAAAAAUAGUAAAGGUAUGAUUGUAUCUGAAUUUGUGACACAAAUCAUGCUUUGUUGACCACCAUAUAAUCAUUUAAUGAUAUGUUAUAUGUAUGUUUAUGUAUAUUGACAUUGUACAUGUAUAACCAUGUCAUUUGUAUCAGAAGUUGUUGCCGAGUAAAUUUUUACAUUUAAAACU